GUUCCUCUGCUUCGAUUAUAGUAAGAACGUUUCUUCAUCAAUCAACUCAAACCUGAACAAAGAAGAUGGAAAACUUCCAAAUGUCUCGUCGUCAGGAGUGCAGAGAGGAUGAAACUUAUGCCAACAUACAGCACUCAGUGUCCACCAGAGGGUCAAAGGUCACCUCAGCGAUAGUGGCCCUGCUGGUUGUCAGCGCUCUCCUGGCAGCUGCUGUUAUUGUCGUUUGUCGCCUCGCUCAUGCUAACAUCAUGACCGAGGACGGUUUCCAGAGACUGAAAGACGAGAAUGACGCUUUGAAAAGAAACUUCACAGAGAGAAACUGUGAAGAGAAAACAUGCCCAACAGUGAAGCCAACAUGUCCAAUCAUGAGGCAUACAUGCCCAAUAGUGAAGCCAACAUGCCCAACAGAGACAUAUCUGAAAUGUCAAGCAGGCUGGGAGCGAUUGGGAGGAAACUGUUAUUAUUUCUCCAUUAUCAAAUCAACCUGGAGUGAGAGCAGAGCUGAAUGCCAGCUCAAAGGAGCAGACCUGGUGAAGAUUGACAGCAGAGACGAGCAGGAAUUCCUGAGUCUGAAACUGAGAGACAGAAUGACUGGUUCUGAGGACAUGUUCUGGAUCGGACUGACCGACUCAGAGGAAGAGGGCCGGUGGAUGUGGGUGGAUGGAUCACGUCUGAGCACAGGGUUUUGGAACAAAGGUGAGCCGGACAACUCGUUGGUUAACAACACAGAUGGGCAGGACUGCGUGAGGAUGGGGGGAGGGGGUGUAUUUAAGCGUUGGUAUGAUAGAUCCUGCAAAGACCCUCAGAAAAUUGUUUGUGAGAAACCAGCAGAAACAUGACAUAUGAAGCAUAUCUGACGUGUUUAGUCUCAUUCAGCUUUAUGUCUCACUCAGCCUGAUAAAACAAAUCUCAGUGCAGGAUACAGAAUGUAUCCAAUUAAUCAACCAGUCAAUCUUUAUUUAUAUAGCGCCAAAUCACAACAAAUGUUAUCCAAAGAUGCUCUACAAACAGAGC